GAUUACCCCCAUUUUCAAGCAACCAGCUAGCUAGCUCUGAGUUUGGAAAAUAAAUAAACCCUUUUAUUUCUCCAGCUCUUUAAUUUCUUGCUAGCUAGUUGCUUCUUGUACUCCUAUCAUCAGGUCAUCAAUGGACAAAGUACGACGAUUGGCAACAGAACACGGAGUAGUAAUCUUCAGCAAGAGUACAUGUUGCUUGUGCUAUGCAGUGACAAUCUUAUUCCAGGAUCAGCUUGGAGUAAGUCCAUAUGUUCAUGAAAUAGAUCAUGAUCCAGAGGGAAAGGAAAUGGAAAAGGCAUUAUUGAGGAUGGGUUGCAAUGCUUCUGUGCCAGCAGUUUUCAUUGGUGGGAAAUUGGUUGGUUCUACCAAUGAAGUCAUGUCACUCCACCUUAAAGGCUCUCUCAUUCAACUCCUCAAGCCUUACAUGCCUAAUUAAAUUAAAACCCUCCAUUUCAAAGAUCGCCAUUAAUUAGUAUUAUUAACUAGGAACAAAGAAAUAAUUAAGAUCAUUUUCUUGGUCGACGAAGUUGUUGUCUACAAAUGUAAUAUGUAAGUGGUUGUGAUUAUGUGUAAUGUUAUUUGAUCUUCAUUAGUGAUCUCUUAUUAGAUAGUUUGUCUGCGAAAAUGUGUUGUAUUUGCCCUAGUUCAAAGAAUGCAUUACCAUUUGUUUCCUCAA